AUGCCGACCUAUUCUUAUAGAUGUGGCGUUGUUCUACUUAAGCGGUUGUCGGACGCCGUAAGGGAUGGCGACAGGAUCCAAGGAGUUAUUCUCGGUUAUGGCCAGUCUCAAGACGGCUUAAGUAAAAGUAUGGGUACGCCGACUGUUGGUGGCGAAGCUGCUGCUAUGCAAAUGGCCCUUAACGACGCAGGCAUAAGCCCUGUCGACGUUGAACUAGUGGAAGCGCAUGGAACGGGCACAGCUGUGGGUGAUCCAAUGGAGAUUAAGGCAAUCGAAGAGGUAUAUGCGUCCCCUGAUAGGAAGAACCCCCUAAUAAUUACUGCAGGGAAGGCAAAUAUAGGCCACACAGAAUCCACUUCGUGCCUCGCUGGAAUAAUAAAAACAUUGGAAAUGAUGAAGCACAAUUAUAUCCCGAAACAAAUAGGGUUGGAAAACAUUAACCCCCAAAUCCUACCUGUGCUGGCCAACAUUCCGGCGGAAAUAUCAGUCACUGGCCGAUCCUGGCAUAUGUUGAAGGACGAAUGCAACAGAAAAAUUGCUGGCGUUUCCUCGUUUGGCAUAACUGGGACAAAUACCCACACAAUCAUUGAGGAAUGGGAACCGAAAUUAAGCCUUUCCUUUAAGCAUGUACCAGACGCGAAACUUCCAGUCGUAAAUAUUCUGAGCAUCUCUGCAAAAACGAAAACCGCAUUGGAAGAAACUAUCAACCGAUACGGGGAACUUCUUUUCCAUUCUUCUGAAAGUUUUAAUGAUGUUGCGUUCACUGCAAACACGGGCCGAAACCAAUUCCAACAUCGAAUUGCGUUCUAUGCUUCUAAUGGAAGGGAAGCAUUACAAAAACUUAAUCAAAAGGAAUAUGAAAUUAAUGAGAGGGUGAAUGAACAGCGGCCUUUGGUAUUUCUGUUUCCUGGACAGGGUUCACAAUUCCAUGGCAUGGGGAGACAAUUAUAUAAUUCACACCCUGUCUUUGAAAGAGCAUUUGAUCACGCUGAAGCCAUUUUGCAGGAUAUGUAUGACUUGAAGCUAAAAGAAGCAAUGUGGGGAGAAGACGAGACGAUGAUCAAUUCGUCCCUCUAUUCACAAAGUUCCAUAUUCGUCAUUGAAUAUGGCCUCCUUAAGUUACUCGAGUCUUGGGGGGUCGCUCCCGACGCAGUAGUAGGACAUUCACUUGGCGAAUUUGGUGCUGCAGUCGCAGCUGGAUUUCUAUCGCUGAAAGAUGGGUUGCGAAUGUUGGGGGCGAGAUGCAGACUGAUUGAUUCUCUUCCUGAAGGAAGAAUGGUGGCAAUUAAUGUACCCUUAGACCAUGCUAACUCAUUGCUUCAAGUCUUCCUGAAGGGUUAUCAAAGCAGCACGAGUACCACCGCCAAGAAGAGCGCCUGGCUGGAUAUUGCAGGGGUGAACUCACCUACACAGACAGUUCUAUCCGGGCCAACAGAAACUGUACUUGACUUUACCGACUUUUGUAGGAACAACGCUGUAAAAGCACAUGUCCUCGUUGCGGAACAUGCUUUCCAUUCUCGUCAUAUGGACAAAAUGUUGCGGCAGUAUGAAAACGUGCUAUGCUCUAUCAACUUCAAAUCAGGGAACGGAAUUGAAUACAUUUCCGGAGUGGACGGAAGUGUAGUAUCAGAGGUUGAUGUCGAUUACUGGAAACGUCAUACCAGAGAAGCAGUUCAAUUCUUCAAUGCAAUCCAAAACAUGGAAAACUAUUUUGGCCCAGGCCCAAUUCUAUUCGUGGAAAUUGGUCCACACCCAGUUUUGUCUGCUUUAGUUCACGCUAAUAUUUCGUCUUCUUGUGACAUUAAGUGUCUACCAACCAUGCGAAGAAGUAAAGCUUCGACGGAGACUGAGUUGUAUUCAACCAUUUGUACCUUAUUUGCCCAAGGCUAUCGAAUAAACUUUGAAGAAUUUCAUAGGGGUCACUGCUAUCGCAAAGUCGAUUUGCCUCAUUACCCCUUUCAAAAGAAAAAGAUGUGGAUAUACAAGAAAAAUGACUUGGUGCCUAAAGCUCGUACUCAGCCAGAUAUUCGUCCCUGGCUUGGAGAAAGGGUAACAUUUCCCGGGGUCAAAUCACACGAUCAAGGAAUACACACUCAAUACAGGAAUUUGGUCGGCCUGACCUCUUAUCCAUAUGUUUCAGACCAUAAAAUCUUUGAGUUUAUCGUUGUUCCAGCUGCGGUAUUCAUCGAAAUUGCUCUGCGGGCAUCGUCGCAUCACGGGGUGACAUUCCCGAUUGUGUUGGAAAAUUUUCAAGUCAGAGCAGGUUUGCAACUCGAAACGGAUCCUAUCAACUUGUGUACAACUGUAGUCAUAAAUAUUGAUGAAGCAAAUAAUAUUGGAUCCGUGAAGUCGUACUCCAAGCAGCCCACUGCUCGAGAACUGGAAUGGAAGUGCCACACUACUAGUGAAUUCCAAUCCGAUAAUUCGUCACCUGCUGAACUACAGGAUUUUAACUUCGAAAGUUUGCAUAGCAUUAGGCAACGCAUUAGGAAAGUGGGAGAUGUUGCAGCGAUGUAUAAACGUCUCAACGACCUGGGAUACAAGUUUGGGCCCACGUUUCAAAGUAUCUCGAGUUUGUGA